UCCACUAUCCACCAUAGCCGUAGCAUAGCAGCAAUGUCAUCCCUCGAUCUCGUCCUCGCCGCAAUAGAUGCCGCAGACCCCGACCGCCUCCGUAUCACUCUAAAGCGCGUCUGUUCUCUCUCCAAUGACACGCUAGAGCUCGUCUGCUCCGAGCUGCUAGUCGCCGAAAAGGCCGCUGAAAGCCAGAAGAAAGCUUCCGAAUCCGGGGGGAAUGGCAAGGAAGAUAAUUCGAAGGCGCUGAAACGGAAACGGGUGGAGUACAAUACGAUCCGCUUCCAAACAUGUAUCCAGUGCGAACAGGAAUUCGACGCUACGAAGAACGAGGAGGGGUGUUGUAGAUGGCAUAAAGGUGAACUUGAAGCUGACGAGGACCCUAACAUGUGGCCUGAUUUCGAGGACUGGCGUGACGGGGAGUAUGAUGACUGGAAAGACGAGUUUCCGGAACGCUUCCUGUGGUCUUGUUGCAAGAGGCGGGGAGACGAUGAGGAGGUUUGCUGUGUUGGGAAGCAUAUGUCCGCCCAAGAGCAUGCGUCUGGGAAGAGUGGCUAGUCGCGUGCUGAAAGCGGGCGGGUUUGCUAUUAGAGAACGAGGGUUCAGAGGAUGAGGACUCUGAGGAGGGUUCAGAGAACAAACACUCGGAGGACGAGGGCUAGACGGGUACGGCGAUGGCGCAGACAGUUUCUGGAUGAAUGUGGACAUAGAGUCGGUGGUUGAAUAAACAAAAAGUGGUACCUUGGCGUAUCGAGGGAAGUCGUCACC